UGGGAUUUGGAUUAUCAGGCGGAAUCCAGAACCAUGGUGGAUGCCCAAGACAAAGAAUCAGCACCAAAAGAAAGUGCACCAGAAGUUGAUUUGUACAGGGACACACCAAUUAGACUAUUAGGCUAUGCCAAUGAAGUUGGCGAAGCAUUCAGAGUGUGGGUAUCACCAUUCUGGGUGAGAGCAUCCUAUGGAUUGUCCAGUGCCUAUGUCUUGGCAGACACCUUUGAUAAAGGAAUUAAAGCAGCCAAGCGUCCUCUGGCGUCGGAGGCGGACCGGCGCACACACGUGCUGCACGUGUCGGUGGACACGCUGCUCUGGCAGGCGCUGGCCUCCGUCAUCGUGCCCGGCUUCACCAUCAACCGGGUGUGCGCGGCCACCUUCUGGGCUCUGGGGCGCGGCUCGCGGCUGCCGCUGGCCGCCCGCAAGCGGCUCACCACGGCCGCCGGCCUGGCGGUGAUACCGCUGAUCGUGCGGCCCAUCGACGUCCUGGUGGACGCCACGCUUGACCGCACCUACCGCAAGGUGGCCCACGUGGAGCCCGACGAGCGCAGCCGGGGACACUGACGGCCCGGCCGCGCCGUCCGGCGGGGCGAUAGCGUAGAUAUGUUAUUAGGUUCCUUCUGCGAUCGAUGCUGAUAGAGUUGGUGAUUUUGGAAUCAUGUAGAUGAAGAUUUAGAUAGUUCCUUUGGUUUAUUGCUUUACCCUAGUUUGUUAGUGUUGAAAACAAAGCACAUGGAACACAUGAGAUGUGAAAGGAGUCAUGCGAUGGGGUUGUUGUACAGCUUUGGUAGCUCUUUAAAUACUGCAUGAACGAUUUGACAUGGUUAAUUACUGACCAUUGCACAAAAUGCAUUCGACACUUUUUGGGGUUCUUGGGGACUGGCCAGCUCAUCGAGCUUUUUUCAUCAUUUCCCCCCCCCCCCCAUAAUCUGUUUUAUAGCCUGGUACGUAAGGUGUGUACCUCAGCCAGACGCAGGUUAUGAUAAAGCAAUGUUACGUGCUUGGAGUCUGCUCAAUAGUACCCCAUAGCAAUAGCUGUAUGACCAGGGUAAAACAACUGUGAUGUCCAGAGUAUUACAACCUACCGAAGGGUCUCGCAUCAUCUGACUAUUCAGUGGCUUUAAGUCAACUAUGUAACUUGAUUAUGUCCAUUUUUAAUGCACAUGCGAUCAUAAGCAGUUAUGCCAUUGCCUAAUGUGGAUGGCAGGUCAUUUUCCCAUUGUAAGAACUUAACUGCCAUUGCUACGCUCCCGUCAUGCCUAAUGGUAGGUAACCCACGGGGAAAGUGAACCAUACACUCUGUAACUCUGUUACAUUGCCUUUAUUAUUAUUCAUUAUCUUAUUAUUAGGUAUUACAUUUUCGAAAUAUUGUUUACUCACAGGCCACUAAUGUGGA